CCCUCCAAAAAAAAAUACCCACCCCUCUCAUCUGUCCCCUGUGACAAUUUUUAUAAUGUUGAGAAACGCUGCUCGUGUCGCUCGUCCUGCCUUGGCUGCUUUCGCCAAGUCCACCCCGGCUCUUCGUGUCAAUGUCGGUGCUGCCACCGUUGCUGCCCGCUUUGCCUCUUCCAAGCCCUCCACUGCCGAGGUCUCUUCUAUCCUCGAACAGCGCAUUCUCGGUGCCUCUGCUGAGGCCGAUCUCCAGGAGACUGGUCGCGUCCUCUCCAUUGGUGACGGUAUUGCCCGUGUCUACGGUUUGAAGAACGUUCAGGCUGAGGAGAUGGUCGAGUUCUCCAGCGGUCUCAAGGGUAUGGCCCUCAACUUGGAAGCUGACAACGUCGGUAUUGUCGUCUUCGGUAACGAUCGUUUGAUCAAGGAAGGUGACACCGUCAAGCGUACCGGUGCUAUUGUCGACGUUCCCGUCGGUCCUGGUAUCUUAGGUCGUGUUGUCGAUGCCCUCGGUAACCCCAUUGAUGGUAAGGGUCCUCUUGAGACCGUUGGCCGUUCCCGUGUCCAGGUCAAGGCUCCCGGUAUUUUGCCCCGUCACUCCGUCAACGAGCCCAUGCAGACUGGUAUCAAGUCUGUUGAUUCCAUGGUUCCCAUCGGUCGUGGUCAGCGUGAGUUGAUCAUUGGUGAUCGUCAGACCGGUAAGACUGCUGUCGCUCUUGACACCAUUCUUAACCAGAAGAACUGGAAUAACGGUUCCGAUGAGUCCAAGAAGCUUUACUGCAUCUACGUUGCCGUCGGUCAGAAGCGUUCCACUGUUGCCCAGUUGGUCCGUACUCUCGAGGAGAACGACGCCAUGAAGUACACCAUCGUCGUUGCUGCCACUGCCUCUGAGGCCGCCCCUCUCCAGUACCUCGCUCCCUUCUCUGGUGCUGCCUUUGGUGAAUGGUUCCGUGACAACGGUCGCCACUCCCUUAUCAUCUACGAUGAUUUGUCCAAGCAGGCUGUUGCCUACCGUCAGAUGUCCCUUUUGCUUCGUCGUCCCCCCGGUCGUGAGGCCUACCCCGGUGAUGUCUUCUACCUCCACUCCCGUCUUUUGGAACGUGCCGCCAAGAUGAACAAGGCUUUCGGUUACGGUUCCAUGACCGCCCUUCCCAUCAUUGAGACCCAGGGUGGUGAUGUGUCUGCCUACAUUCCUACCAACGUCAUUUCCAUCACUGAUGGUCAGAUUUUCUUGGAAGCCGAGCUCUUCUUCAAGGGUGUCCGUCCCGCCAUUAACGUCGGUCUUUCCGUCUCCCGUGUCGGUUCCGCUGCCCAGACCAAGGCCAUGAAGCAGGUUGCUGGUUCUCUCAAGCUUUUCUUGGCCCAGUACCGUGAAGUUGCCGCCUUCGCCCAGUUCGGUUCCGAUCUCGAUGCCUCCACCCAGUUCUUGCUUAACCGUGGUGCCCGUCUUACCGAGCUCCUCAAGCAGCCCCAGUACACUCCUCUCUCCAUUGAGGUCCAGGUCCCCAUCGUCUUUGCUGGUGUCAACGGUUUCCUCGAUAAGUUGCCCGUCGGUAAGGUUGUCGACUGGGAGAAGGACUUUGUCAGCUACGUCAAGACCCAGCACCAGGCCGAGCUCGAUGAGAUCCGCACCAAGGGUGUCAUCUCCAAGGAGUUGGAUGCCAAGCUCCGCAACAUCUGCGAGACCCACGUCAAGACUUUCUUGUAAAUUAAAAUAAAUAAAUACAUAUAAAUAAAUAAAUAAAUAAAUUCAAAUUUAUAUAUAUAUAUAUAUAUACAAUAUAUUUUAUUCAAACUGAAUAAAAUAAAAAAAGUUAUAGAAAUUGUGAAUUUACAGUUACAGUUACAGUUACAGAAUUUGACAAAACCCAAGUACAUUUGAAAACUUUCAAAUAAACGUUACUUAAUUGAACCCCUC